CACAGUAUUGAUUUUAAAUUUUAGAUGUUUUGACUUUUGAGAAUCAAAAUAGAAGUUAAGAAUAUAACAGUGCUAGAUAAAUAUUAAAGUUUGAGGUGUGAUGAUGUUCCUAUAAUAUUGCAGUGUUUAGUAGCCAUGUAAUAGACAUAAAUAUCCCAUCUUUAUAGCAAUGUCAACAAAUGGAAACGGCGGUACUUAUGCGCCACUGAAACAACUAGUAUCGGAUUCUGAAUCCGAAGAUGAUCAGAAACUUCAAAAUGCUCUUAAAAUUAAGGCUUCAGAGAGUAGCAAUUUGGAUUACAACAGCGGCUUACAAUCUUCUAAAAACUACAGCAUGAGCGAGCUAGACGACUACAAUACGAAUCUCAAUACGAUGGAGAGUACAAUGGAUAAUGUGAGCUUUUUACAAUCUGAUGUCUCUAAUAAAAUGUCUUUCCCUCGUAGAUGCGCGUUUAUAGCCUCAAUAUUAUUUUGCCUCUUCACUGUUAUUAUUUUUUUAUGGGGCAUACCAUGUUCAGAUGUUGGUAGUUGUACAAAUAAUGAAUGGCAUGACAAAAGUACUAACUGGGAGUUACCAUAUGAUGAAAUAGAGCUCUCUGGUGCUGUGCAAGUUGUUGAUGGAGCUAUUCCUAAAACUAAGAAUCUUAUUUUCAUAUACCGUGGAAAUCAUAUGAAAGAUAACAAAAACAAUAAUGAUAAUGUUAAUGGUGUGUUACUCAUUGUUGGGAAUACUGGUAAAGUUGGAUGGUACACUCGUGAAACUAGAAUACCAAUGGAAAUUAAUUGUAACCUUCUAGAUGUCAAUAAGGAUAAACAGAAAGACUGUAUAGUAUCAGGAACAGAAGGAUUACUUGCUGCGUUAAAUCCAUUAUCUGGUACUUAUUACUGGUACAUUCAUAAACAAGGAAAAGUUUUCAGCAACAUUGUGUCCAUUGACUUUCCUAUUAUAAUAAAGGAUAUGGAUAAGGAUAAAGUAACUGAUUUGGCAACAGUAGCAACUGUUUACCCAAGCUUAAACCACAAUUCGCUUCUCAUCAUAUCAGGUGCAACAGGUAAUAUCAUUGGUGAUCCAAUGACUAUUGAGAAUUGCUUAUCAGUGAAACUGCUUUCUGAAACUGGAAAUAUCACAUACAUUUGUAAAAAUGGAUCUUCUGAGGCAGUACGUCAAAUCAUCUACCCAGAAUUAUAUAAAAAGCUCUUUAAACUAGACCAUGUUACCAAUGAUACAUCGUCAGGAUCAUUUUCAACAAAAAAGAUAAAUUUAAGUUUGAAAAAAAGUAUUGGCAACACAAAACAAAUAUUUACAAAUGGACCUGGUAAACUAAUAGUGGAAAAUUAUGGUGACUGUCCAACAACAUGUAAAGUAAAUUUGAAAUUAUUAUUAGAAAGAAAUGGAACAACAAAUGUUACUUGGGAUUACACUGCCAAUCACGUGUUUGCAAUGAAGCCCAGUUAUUUUGCUUUCCCAAACUCUAUACGGGGAUUUGUUUUAAAAUUAUGACAGUGGAAUAGUGCACACCUUGCUAAGGGUGCACUCAAAUUCGAUGAGAUAAGAUAUAAUGUGCUGAAUUCAAGCCCCAAAAAUCCUUAUGACAUAUUUUAUCACCGGCCAACUGUUAACAUAGAAUCUAUAUCAUCAUUCAUAAAAUAUGACAACUUUGUGGCCCAUGAUAUAUCAGAACGAAUAGUAUUGGUGGCAUUUGAUAAACUGCAAACUUAUAUACACGUUAACGUCAGCCAAACAGAUAUUCUACAAAUAUGUGUAAGAGGCCAAAU